CCUUUUUUUUUUUUUAUCCUUUUUGUUUUCGGGAGAGAGCUUUUUCAAACGAAUUCAGACUACGUCGUCGAAGACCUACGACGGAGGGGAAGCUUUUCUUCGCCGCUUCUGGAGAUUGAGAGACGCUGGAGAUUGAUACAGAGGAGAUAGAGAGAUAUAUGUGUCCCUAUAGAUAGAGAGAGAAGGUGAAACGGGGGAAUUUUGUUGCUCUUCUUGGCGUGUGUCGGAUGAGCUGAGUCGCCAGAGCUAGGGUUUCGUUUUCGUUUCUUCAGGAGCUGGUGGAGGAUGGAUUGGCUUUCUCGUGCGUUCCUGAGAGAUAAUUGAUGGGAAAAUUUAUCCUUUUGUCUCAUAAAAGCAUCCUGCUAGAUUGGAGUUGUUAUAUGUGAAGCAUUAUGACGCUUGAGGAUUUCUUUACUCUGACAGAGAUAAAAGAUGGACUCGCGACCACAUCUCGUGUUGAAGAGCUUGUAUCCGUUAUGCAGAGGAGUAAAGAUUCUGUUGUGAAGAAUGCUGGUGACACUUCUAGACAAUGGGCUGCUGUUGCAAGCGCAAUUGCAGCCACAAAGAACAGAGAGUGUCUUAAUGCGUUUAUUGAUUUAGAUGGACUCUUUUACUUCAGCAGGUGGCUAAUUGAUGCCCAAAGAUUGGGUAGUUAUUCAACUGACAGCUCUGUAGAGGAGGCAAUUCUUGCUUUGUUACAAGCUCUUGAAAAUCUAGGUGUAGACUGUCCGAAUUUGAUUUCUUCUGGGAUAUGGCAUUCUGUCAGAAACCUUGAUGGCCAUGGUAGUUCUCGGAUUCAGGAUAUGGCCAGAAAGCUCUUUGAUAGCUGGAAACAGGAUAAUGUACAUGACCGUCCUGACUUCAACAAAGAAAGCAUUCACAGAUUGCACGAAGAUGAGGCGAGAGUUAUAUCAGCUAGUGGGGAGAGUAGUAGUGGCCAAAUUCCUGAUGCAAAUCCUCUUUGUCCAAGAGAAAGUAAUAGUGAAAAGCCUCCUCUGGGAGUAGUAGAUGAAGCUGGAAGCUCGCUGUCAGAAGAAAAUAAACCAGAUGAAGUUAAGGGUUUGGAACCUCAGACUGACUUAGUUGGUUCAAACUCAAAUGUGAUUUCUCACUGUUCCAAUACCAAGGCUGAAGCUUCAGAUGGUACUCUUAUCGGCGAGAUCAUGAAUGCUGUUCAAGAAAGUCUUUCUGUAAAGGAAAAUGACUCUACGAAGGAUACAAGUGGUUCAAUAGGUAGUACUCGUCUCCCCACUGGUACUAGUGGUCUCCGGCAUCCGCAGCAUGGCAGUGUUGGAAGGCCACCAGGCUCUCCAGCCUCUUCUGAGAUAUCUAAAGAUGACAGGCAAUUUGGCGAGCAUGAACCUUCUGCUGAAGAUCUGGGUGCAGAAGUAGUAACUGCGGCCUCUAGUUUAGUAGAACCGGUACCUAUGUCUAUUGAUACUGCAGUAGCAAAUCCAGAGGAAACCAAGAAAGAACCUCUUUCUGAAGAGGCCAGUAAGAACUCUUCUGGGGCCUUGGAAGAUGUUGGUUUUACGCAUAAUUGUAGCAAACAGGUGGCUCCAAUGGAUCAUAAAAGUGAUAAAUACGAUUCUGAAGCAUUGUCAGGAUUAUCUGGUGACAAGAAAAGGAAUCGAGAAGAUGAGAGUUUCGGAGCGUCCAUUCAUGCUGUUGAUGAAGCAAAAAAGGAUCGCAAGGGCACUAACAGCAAGAAAAUAGUAAAACGUAGAAAAAGAAAAUUUUCUAGAUCGAUGACAGUAUCUCAGAGACUUGGUGCAAUGGACAAGUCAACAGCUGAGAUUGAACUCGGCAUUGUGGAUGCCUUGGACAUAGCUACGAAAGUUGCGCAGGAAGUAGCAAGGGAAGUAGAUUCGAGAGAGCCAUCUUGUGAUUCAUCGGAAGAGCUGUCAGAUGAAAGAACACAAUCUGAUUCAUCAAAUUCCAUAAACGAUGACCAAGACAUGCUAGGCACGGUGUCCCAUUCGAAGGAAGCACCAGUUUUUGAAAAACAUUCUGCUCAAGCACUUCAAGGUGGGAAGAACCACUUGAUGGAUCUGGAAGAUGAUAUACCUGAAAAUGGCAUGAGUGGCAAUAAAAUUGAGCCUCGCCAAUUCAGCACAGAGAGAAAGCCUUGUGAAUUUGAUCUCAAUGAAGAAAUCGUUCCUGAUGAAACAGAUGUUGCUGUGGCCUCUAUGUCAACCCUUGCUCCUGUAGUGACUGUCUCACGUCCCGUAGCUGCUCCCGGGGUUCCGCCAGCAAUGGUAUCACAACUGGAAAGAACUGUUUGCUGGAAAGGAUCUGCCGCUACCAGUGCAUUUCGCCCAGCAUCACCUCAUAAACUUUCUGGUGGGGAUUUAAGAGAGAAGCAUGUUUGUCUUGGUAUUGAUCUGAAUGUGGCCGAGGGAGAAGAUGAUAAGGUUGAAGACUCAACCCCUUGGAGACAGUUUCCUUUCUCAACAAAUGCUAGGUCUACAGAGACUCUGGUGGAAGUAAAGCCCUCAGAAUCAGGCAGGUUCAACCUGGAUUUGAAUUGCAGAAACGAGGAAUAUGACGCUCCCACACGUUCAGAACUGAGGAUGGAGACAAGGCUGUUUCUAAAUCGUAAUGGCCACCAGAGCGUAUCUCCUGCCUCCUGCUCAUCAUCCCAACAAUCAGCCAAGAAAUUGAACUUUGAUUUGAACGACGGACCGCAGUUUCUCACUGAUUCUUCGUAUCAGGGACCUUACUAUGGGCAACAUCCACGUAGUACAAUCCCCCAUGAACCGGUCAUUUCCAUCUUGGGUGCCAAAGUGGAAGUCAGCAGAAAAGAUUCUCUUUCAUUCUUUCCCAAAGGAAAAUCCAUCGACCCGAAACUUGACCUAGACAUAGCAAGAACCGGAAACUCUCUGGGUUUAGCUCCCGGUUUCUCCCAUUCGCCCUCCCCUACCUUUGGCUACAACGGACAAACUGCACCUCCUGGUUUGACAUUAUCAUCGCCAUUGUAUGUACCUGGAAACUCUAUCCCGUACAUGAUGGACUCGAGAGGAGCCCCAGUGUUGCCUCGGGUUAUCGGGUCGACCCCUCAUGCACAUGCUCAACAACAUUUCUUCAUGAGCAUGCCUGAUGCAUCCACUAGUCUAAAUGGUUUCCCAAACUUUGAAGGAGGAAGCAGAGAGAUUCUGAGUUUGACACAGUUCUUGUCUCGGGGACAAAGCGGGCCUACAGGGGAGCAUGCGGGAGCAAGCUUCGAGUCCUCCUCGGGCUCUUCCAUCGUCGGUGGGAAGAGGAAAGAACCCGAGACGGGAUGGGAACCUUACACACUGAACUCCUCUAGACCUCAAUAUCCUCCAUGGAGAUGAAGAAGGUGAGUGAUCCACAAACAUGGAGAUUGGUUCUUGAAUAAAGAUUCGUGGGAUUGAUUGCUGAAGGAAGAUAAAGAAAAACAUGUUCAGUUACUUUUAAAUUGUUUCUAAUCUUAUUUUCGGGGAUUUUUUUUUCUCUCUUGUCAUUCAAGGUCUUUUACCUGACUAUGAUUUCAUAUGUAGAAGUAAAGGUUCAACCAUAGAAGUAUUAAACGCUUAAAGAUUCUAGUACAUGGUCUUCACACUGUCUUGUUUCUCGUUA